UCUACGCAGCCGCGGCUCUAUUUCCGGCUGUCUGGGAGCACUUCCGGGAGGCUCUUCCACUAGUGAGGCGGCGUUGCUAGCAGGCGGAAACCUCCAGGGAAGAUGGGGAAAGUGAGGGCGCUGCGGGCUCGUGUGCACCGGGCGGCCGUGAGACCCGACGGGGAGGCUGCACCCGGCCCUGUGCCCCGCGCCUCGGAGCCCGCGCUCCCACAAGCCCCGGCGGGCGGAGCAGUGGCGAAGGACUGGACAUUCGUUCACAAUGACAUCUUUGCCAGGACACAGAUAGACCCUAGUGCGUUGGUGCAGAGGCUGGAGCUGGACCAGAGGAGUGUGGUGUCCCUGAAGAGAGGUGCAGAGCCAAAGGCCAUUUUGCCUAAGAAGGAAAAGCUGAAGCUUCGCCGUGAGCGAUGGUUACAGAAAAUUGAAGCCAUAAAGCUGGCAGAGCAGAAGCUCAGGGAGGAACGAAAGCGCAAGGCCAUGGUGGUGGUAGGCGACCUGCACCCCCUGAGGGAUGCCCUACCUGAGCUGCAGGAACUGGAGGCCGGCCGCCAGCGGCAGCAAGCCAGACGCAGGGUGACCAGCAAGCCCCGGCCAGUGGAGCUCAGCCGAAUGAGCACAGCACAGAGGCAGCAGCUUCUUGAGGAAGAAAGGACCCGGUUUCAGAAGCUGCUGGCCAGCCCAGCCUACAGAGCAAGUCCCCUGCUGGCCAUCGGGCAGCAGCUGGCACACCAGAUGCAGCUGGAAGGUGGCGAACAGCUCUGACCAAGGACAGCGUGUGCCAUGAGAUCCAGAGGACUCACAUGUGGCCAGAGGUGCUGGCAGCUCUUGAAUCCCAUCCUGUAUCUGCAUGGCCAACUAGCCAGCCUUGAGACCUAGGGAAGGCGAGCUAGAGCUGCCAGUGAGGACAAAUAAAAUGACUUUAGGGACUGUGGCUUCCAUGGCCUGAGGCCCAUCUGUGGCUUUACUUCCCUCUUCGAGACAGCCACUCCUGCUGACCCUGGAACAAGCCCAGGGUCCCCAGCUAGGGGCCAGAGUUGGAGUGGUUGCUCUUGUGGGGAUCUGCAAGGGCUACGCCAGUGUGAAACUAGAGGCCUGUCAAGUCGCUCGGUCCCUAAGGCCUCAGCACUCCUUCCCAGCUGUUUGGGAUCCUGGUCCCAGCAGGGCCCUCCGCCAGCCACCUUGUUUCUCACACUGUUUGCCUUCAGCCAAGCCAUAGCUUCUUGUGGCUCUGACCUCUCUCAGCCCAGGUUACUCACUGCCUUUCCUUGCCCUGCUGUGACUAGAGAAGCAGAUGGUCCUGCCUGGAGGCAGAACAGCCCGGCCCAGGAGCCACUUGGCUGGGUGGCAAGAUAGACCUGUGUUAGACCUGUGUGAGUUCUCAGGGCAGCAUCCACAGGCCCCACAGCUCAUAUGGACCCAUGCUUCACCUGGGCGUGUCUGUGGCACUACUCAUCCGACGGUGUUCCCAAGCCUUUUACAAGGGUGGCCCACGUGCUCAUGGCUCCUUGGCCCUGUGAGUGGGGAGCAGGCAGAACAGGUGAGCCCCCUAGGCAUGGUAUGGACACCUAGGGCACUUGGUGAAUGGAAGUGGGUAAGACUGAAUAGGCCUAAACUGGGUGAGAUAGAGGCAGGCAGAUCUCCAAGUUCAAGGUCAGCCUGGUCUACAGAUGGAGUUCUAGGACAGCCAGAGCUACCUUGUCUAUAAUUAAUUAAUUAAUUAAUUAAUUAAUUAAAAAGUGAACCGUCCUGGACACAGACUCAAGAUCCGUUCGUCAGGGGCCAUUCCAGCAGUCUGCUGAGACACUGCAGCUACCUUGCUUAGGAGGGAAUAGGCUCUCAUUAAGAGAAGCCAUGUGUGCCUAAACCCACCUGUGGUGCAAGCACUGGCCAGUGUGCCUGACACCGCUUAGGAAGUUUCCACCUUCCUUGAGUUAUGUAUAUUAAGAUUUCUUUGAUGUGGCUUCAAGCAGCUCUGGUCUGGCCAUGGCGAGCACCUUUCCAGUAUGCCCCUGCUGGGGAACAUAGGCCCACCCUUCAGGGUCCUUCUUGGAAGAGCAUUCCACUGGCCAGCUUCAUUUACAGGUCAGUUACAGCAGGUCAGGGGGUCACACCCAACCAUGGACACUAACGUGCAGUGAGCAGGAGAGGAGACAAGCGGACAUCACUGGGACUACCUCAGAAUCUGCAAAACGUGGUAUGACAUGAGUUAUGUGUCUAAGGCUUGGCAGAGCCGCACAGCUGGCCAGAGGCUAGACACUGGGCAGGCAGGGCUCGCCCCUUCUCACCUGAGACAAAGCGUGUGUUCUCAUGUGGACUGACACAGGAGGCAGAUUCCAAGAAAGCGGUCCUCUGCGUGGAUGGUGGGAGUUUGCUGGAUUUGUGUAUUUCCUGAUCUUUAUAGAAUAAACAUGAGUCACAUGGUAA